AUGGAUAUGUUAACCGCCAAUUCAAUUUCUGAUGGUAAUCGAUUUCUGUUAAUUCAUUUAAUGGAACAACUUCCCUUGCAACUGACGAAAUUAGUACCGAUUGUAAUUUUGAAAAGGUUCAAUAUUCCCAUAGACCAAGAAUUGGACAAUGAAGCCAAUAUUAAUGGUGAUAUUAAAGAUAUAACAAAUGAAAAAAAAUUGGAAUUAGAAUUAUACAGAAUUCUUGUUGGUAUUAAAGGACUUUUUAUAAACCAUGUAAAACAAAUUCAAGGUACAAACAAUGUUAGAAGAACAAAAUCGAUAAAUUAG